UUCCAUCUUAAAAACAGGUUUAAUGGAAUUUCAAGCUCAACAAUUGAGAAUUAAAUACUAACUAACUAACUUCUAUAUCUCCUAAUUAAUAAUCAUUUCGCUCUUGAAACUACCCACAAAUGGCUGCGACCCUACUAGUUCACGGCCAUUUCUGCAACUCCGACCCGAAAGUUUCUUCCAAGCAACUCCAGAGGCCAAAGGUGAAUCAGAGCCCUCAACUUGUAACCAAACCAAGAAUCUCAAAACCAGCUCGCUUCCGCAGAAACACACCGAGAACCUCAAAAACUUCAGUUAAACCCCAAAACCUCACGCUUACUCGUGCUCUCUCUGCUUUUGUUGAAUCUAGGUCUAUGGAAAACGCCCUCUAUCUGUUUCAACAAAUGAACUGCCCGGAUAGCUACGUAUGGAAUGUUAUGAUCAGAGGGUUUACCAAUAAUGGGUUAUUGCAGGAAGCUUUGGAUUUCUAUUAUAGAAUGGUGUUUGAAGGAGUUUGCACCGAUAACUUUACGUACCCAUUCGUCAUCAAGGCAUGUGCUGGUCUUUUGUCAUUGGUGGAAGGAGAAAAGCUUCAUGCAAAAUUGUUUAAGCUUGGGUUGAAUUUGGAUGUUUACGUUUGCAAUUCUCUGAUUUCUAUGUACAUGAAACUUGGAUGUGUUGAGGAUGCACAGAAGGUGUUUGAAGAAAUGCCAUUGAGAGACUUGGUUUCUUGGAAUUCUAUGAUAAGUGGGUAUAAAAUGCUUGGUGAUGGUUCAGGUUCAUUGAUGUAUUUUAGAGAAAUGCUGGAUUCUGGAAUUAGACCCGAUAAGUUCAGUUUGAUCAGCUCUCUGGGCGCUUCUUCUCUUGAGUUUUCUCUGCAAAGUGGCAAGGAAAUUCAUGGCCAAGCGAUUAGAAAUGGGCUUGAAACGGACAACAUGAUUCAAACAUCCCUUAUUGAUAUGUAUAGUAAAUGUGGCAAAAUGGGUUAUGCGGAGAGGAUAUUCAAUGGAAUUUUGUCAAGAAAUAUUGUGGCCUGGAAUGCUUUGAUAGCUGGUUAUUGUCUGAAUGGCCAUAUCCUUGAUGCAUUUUCAUGUUUGAAGAGCAUGUUGGAUGAUGAUAAAGAAUUGAAUCCUGAUACUAUCACUUUGAUAAAUUUCCUGCCUGCUUGUGCCCAGAUUGGAGUUCUGUCAAUGGGAAAAGCUGUUCAUGGCUAUGCCAUUAGAAAAGGUUUUCUGCCUCAUGUUGUCUUGGAAACUGCUUUAAUUGACAUGUAUGGACAGUGUGGGGAGUUUAGCUUGGCCGAGAGUAUAUUUUUUAAAAUGAUGGAGAAGAACUUGGUAUCAUGGAAUGCUAUGGUUGCUGCUUAUGUACAGAAUGGUCAGAACAAGCAAGCCUUGGCAUUGUUUGAAGACCUCUGGAAUAAGCUUCUCAAACCAGAUGCAACUACAAUUGCUACCAUUGUGCCAGCCUGUGCAGAGUUAGCCUCAUUGAACGAGUGUAUGCAAAUUCAUGCUUAUGUGAUUAAAUUGGGAUUUAAUUUGAACACAAUAAUCUCAAACUCGAUCGUCUACAUGUAUGCCAAGUGUGGGGAUCUCCAAACUGCGGUAAAACUUUUUGAUGACAUAUUGUUUAAAGAUGUUAUUUCCUGGAACACGAUCAUUAUGGCUCAUGCCAUCCAUGGGUUUGGAAGAAUCUCUAUCCAGUUAUUUCUUGAGAUGAGGGAAAAGGGUAUUCAACCCAAUGGGAGUACUUUUGUUUCCCUAUUAUUGUCUUGUAGCAUUUCUGGUUUGGUCAAUGAAGGAUGGGCAUACUUCAAUUCAAUGAAAAGAGAUUAUGGUAUUGACCCAGGAAUAGAACAUUAUGGUUGUAUGCUCGAUCUCCUUGGCCGUGUUGGCGAUCUUGAUGAUGCCAAGAGUUUCAUCGAAGAAAUGCCUUUGGUCCCAACAGCAAGGAUAUGGGGUUCUUUACUAGCUGCAAGUAUGAACAAUAACGACAUAGUUGUUGCUGAACUUGCUGCAAAGCACAUUCUGCAACUGGAACAUAAUAACACUGGAUUCAACCUUCUCAUCAUCAUCACCACCAUAAUCCCGUUUAUCCUCCUCUUCUUCGUCGGACUCGUUCCUCCUCCCCCUGACGCUGAAAACUUCCCUAACAGUUUUCGAGACAAAGUCGCCGAACCAUCUGAUACAACCACAUUGACCACCGCGACUACCGCCGCAAAACUUCUAGAUUUGAAAUUGAGGAGAAGGAAAAGCAUAGGAACGUCGGGAGGGAAAACUGGGGGAGUGGUGAUGAGGAUGAAUCUGGUGGCGAAAAGCGAAUGGAAUUUGGUUGUAGCGAUUUUCGAUGAUGGGUUUUAG